AUGGACAUUGUUGCAGUGCAUCUCGCACAGGUCUCUCGUUCGCUGGCUACCGCUGCUGAGAGCUCGGCCUCCGUUCCACUCUCGGAAGGUGUCACAGAGGCCACCGUCGCAGCUCUUCGACCAUCCUACAAGCAGGUUAUCAAGAAACGCAGCGACGAUACUGUUGUCCAGACCGGCAUCAUUCUCAACAGGAGUCCUAUACUUACGCGCACCCCGACACGGCUUGAACGCGCGUAUUAUGCCUACAUGCAACGGAUCGAGCGCGCUCUCCACAAUCCUGUACCAACAGAGUUUUAUUUCAAGUCUGGCUCACUACUCGAAGGCAUCUUCAAUCGGGAGGAGAAUGCGCGGGAACGGAAGGCCUGGGGCAGACCGGGUGCGAAGCCCAGGAAAGCACAGUCGUCGGGAAAUGCUCUUGGGGAGGAGAACGAAUCGGGCCUCCUUCCGGGAGAGGAGCCGCCACCGCAACUCAUGUCCCGCAUAACCGAGGCGGACCGAAAAGGCGACGUCAUGAGCCUGGACAGGAAGGGCGAGAGGAAUUUGUACUUGCUGGUUCAGGCGAGGGACGAGGCCGGCAAGGACGUGUGGAGGUUCCCUCAAGCCGUGGUGGGUAAGGAGGAGUUGCUGCACGAGGCCGUGCAUCGAGAGCUCCGGUCACCAUUCGGCUUAGGCAUGGACACUUGGGUUGUUAGCCGCAAGCCAAUAGGUCUCUAUCGUCCAUCUGUCGAGCCACAGCCUUAUUUGUUCUUCUACAAAGCACAUAUUCUUGCAGGGCAAGCACGGCCAGACGGCAAGUCUGUCCUGGACUUCGCAUGGCUGUCCAAGGAAGAGAUUACACCUCGUGUCGACAAGAGCUACUGGAACGGUGUUAAGGACAUGCUAUCUGACUUCUAA